UUCGCCGUUCGGAGGAGGAGAAAAAGAAAAAUCGAAACUCGCCAUAGUGAAUUGAAUCGAGUGAAUUUGAGCCUUUGCAACGAAACGGUUUUCUGCCUCGAGUCUUGUGUGUAUAGUGUAUAUUGUGUGUGCCAAUUUUCCAAACUUAAGUGCAAAUUGUAGUGCUUUUACGUCUUGUGUGAUAAUGGCAACGGCGUUUCUGCCGUCGCCCGCGUGAAUUAGUGAGACUCUAGUGCAGUGAACCACAAGGGCUCGCCGCCUUAGGAGUUAACCAACCACAAUGAAAAUGGUGUUGUCACAACGGCAACGGGAGGAGCUGAACAAAGCGAUCGCCGACUACUUGGGCAGCAAUGGCUACAAUGACGCGCUGGAAGCGUUCAAGAAGGAAGCCGAGAUGACCGGAGAAAUGGAUCGCAAGUACGGCGGCCUCCUCGAAAAGAAGUGGACCUCCGUUAUUAGGCUGCAGAAAAAGGUGAUGGAGCUGGAAACCAAAUUGUCUGAGGCACAAAAGGAAUUCAUAGAGGGAGCGCCUACGAGAGCUAAGCGAACGCCGACCGAGUGGAUUCCACGCCCGCCAGAGAAGUUCUGUCUUACGGGACAUCGGGCAACAAUUACUAAGGUAAUAUUUCAUCCAGUGUUCAGUUUAUUGGUGUCCUCGAGCGAGGACGCGACGAUCAAAGUGUGGGAUUUCGAGAACGGCGACUACGAACGAUCCCUGAAGGGCCACACCGAUUCCGUGCAGGACAUCGCCUUCGACCAUCAUGGCAAGCUACUCGUAUCCUGCAGUGCAGACAUGUCGAUCAAGCUGUGGGACUUCAAUCAGACGUACGAGUGCAUAAAGACCAUGCAUGGGCACGAUCACAACGUGUCCUCUGUUGCGUUCUCACCCAGUGGGGACAUAGUGUACUCGGCCAGCCGGGAUAAGACCAUCAAGGCGUGGGAAGUGGCUACUGGGUACUGCGUGAAGACGUACAAGGGGCACCGCGAGUGGGUCCGCAUGGUGCGCGUGUCUGCAGACGGCACGCUUCUGGCGUCCUGCUCCAACGACCAGACUGUGCGCAUCUGGAACGCGGACACCAACGAAUGCAAGAUGGAGUUACGCGAGCACGAGCACGUGGUGGAGUGCGUGGCGUGGGCCCCGGAGUCAGCUGCCGCCGCCGUGAACGAGGCGGCCGGUGGUGACAACCGCCGCGCCAACCACCAGGGUCCCUUCCUGGCCAGCGGAUCACGCGACAAGUCCGUUAAGAUCUGGGACGUGAGCACGGGUCAGUGCCUGGCAACACUGGUGGGUCACGACAACUGGGUGCGCGGCGCCGUCUGGCACCCCGGCGGCCGCUUCCUGCUCACCGCCUCGGACGACAAAACACUGCGCGUGUGGGACGUGGCGCACACCCGUUGCCUCAAGACCCUCUACGCGCAUCAGCACUUCGCAACCAGCAUUGAUUUCCACAAAAGCUUGCCAUAUGUGAUAUCGGGCAGCGUCGAUCAGACCGUCAAAGUUUGGGAGUGUCGCUAAGAGCAUUGCCAUUUUAGUAACUUAAACUCACCGAAUGAUAUCUUUAUCAUUAUUAAUCACAUUUAAUAGAACUGCAACGAGAAUGGUUUCGUUUUUGAUGGUGAAAUAUUUUAUAGAAACGAAAAAUAGUUUUGAUAAUUUAUUGAAGUAAUCAUUUCUUCCUUCUGUUCAGUUCAACUGUUAUGUUUGGCCUCAGCAUCAUAGUUGUGUUUAAUCACAUUGGAAUUAUCGCAAUUGUUGUCAUUGGCUGAAUUUAUGGUACUCUCGCUCAAACUGCGUAUUUUAGCCAAUAGUGGAUGAGAGUCAUCCAAUGAGCGGAUUGCGAUUAUCUCAUUGAAGCUAUUAGUUCGGUGCUAGGCCCUCUGGUGUAUGACAAUGCUAUGUCUGUCUCAUUACCUUUGUUCUGUACUAGGUGGCGAUGAUAAUGCGGAUUUUAGUGAAAACAACAUAACACUGAAAUAGUAAUUGAUUGACUUUAGCCUACUGUUACUUUAGCCAAGUGGUAGAUUUAUAUUUUAAACACUACCUCUAUUUGAUCAACAUUAAAUAGGGGAUAUUAUUAAGUGUCGCAUUUGUCGUCACCACCCUGUAAUAUUUAUGUUACAUUAAAUGAUUAGAGGUAACACAUUCCAUUAAAACUUAACGGCUCAUAGUUAAUUAUUAUAUAAAUAUGAAUAGUUAAUUUCGAUAUGUCUGAUUUUAGUUGAACUCGUUGAAAAUUAAUAUACGAUGUAGCAUUCGUCACAUACCCUAUUGAACGACGAAGUGAGGAGUAAAAGCUGUGUUAUAAUUUAACAUUUCAUUAUCUAUUUUAUUUUAUAGUUAUUGUUUAUUAAAUAAGAUCGUUUAGAUAUAAAUUUAUUUGGUAUAAAUAGUUAAUAUGGUUUCUUACGUGUCCACUCUAGAAAACUUGUACCUUAAUUUUUUUAUUGAUAAUUUUUAGUUUUUAUUAAAUUUGAUAUUGAUGGUUAUUCAUGACAAUCAUCCUGAAAAUUAGUCAUAUUAUUUGAAUCAUAUUAUUGAGAACUCAUUAAAAUCUCUCCCUGUACAUAAAUGAAGCUUUUAUUAGGUUUGUCUCGGCUCGAUCGAUCCUCAUUGUGCUCGUUUGCUUGCGCUAACAGCAUUAAUGGAUAUCCCACGGGACAGACGCAUUGAACUCGUGUUAUCACUAUCCCGAUUAGAUAAAGCCCGGGUCCAGGUAAGAUACCCGAUCCGAUCACCUUACCCGUGUCAACAUUAUAAAAUCAUUAUGUCAAGUAGGCCUUUUAAGCAACACUUUACAAAAAGUAAAUCAAAGUAAAGUAAGUAUUAUCAAAAACAUAAUUUAUGUAAAAAUUUAAUGCCAAGAUCCAUAUAAAGAAUAUUUUGGCUUAGGUUGUUAGCUUCACCGACAAAAGGAUUGAGAUCUAAACGAGUGCCAAGUUUAAAUUCAAAACACAAUAUUUUCUUUUUUCUGCUAUAACAAUGUUUGCUAUUCAAAAAUAUAACUUAUUAAAUUUGAACAGAAGAAUUACUUAUAAAAAGCAGAUUAUUUAGAAUAAAUUGAAGCUCAAUAUUUAACUUGGCUAGUUAAUUUUACGCAGUUUCUUAUACGAGUCACCCUUUUCAUAUCCAGUUGGUUUCUCCAAUGAUAAAAAGAGUGCUGAUACAGAACUGGACAGUAUGAUACUGAAAAAAUUUAAAAGCGUCUACGAUGAUACGAUUCGAUGGAUGAUACGUUGAUCGCAUAGGGCAAAUGAUAACCUGUAAAUGGACCCGGCAUAUGCGGCCGCCGCAGCAGAUAGAGGAUGCUUUGUUGUUAACAAAUUGCAGUUUUAAAAGGACUUAUUUUAAGUUUUGUAGAUUCAAAACUUUAACUAUAAGUUAGAGUGUUAUAUUUUAAAGUUUUUUUUUUUACUAUUUAUUUAUAUCUUCAGUGUUUUAAUUUGUUAUGUCUCAAACGAAAUUCUUUGCUACAAGCUAGUGCUUUAAAUUAUUAAAUAAGAUAUUUUGCAAUAGGCACCAUAAUAAAUAUUGAAUAUCCAUAAAUUGGUUUUAAGUUUGAGUGUUAACAUACUUAGAGGUCUACGUAAACUGAAGUGUGUGAUAUAAUAUUAUUGUUUUUUUUUUUGUAUUAACUACGCUGUUCGUGGUAGCUAGAUACAAAGAUUACUGAUGCCCGUUUGUAGUUAUUUAUUAUUGAUAUCGAGGAAAUUGGUUGCCUGGUAUUUUUAUAGUACUUAGUAUGUAGUAGCUGUAGUAGUGUCAAGUAUCGUCAUACUAUUAGAAGCUUUGCAGCGAUAGCGCGUGGAUAUACCUAUGUAUAAAUAACAAAUAUGGUCAAGCGCAAGUUUUCGAUUAUGGAAUCCGAUUAUCCAUUCGAAAUGAGAUCGGCAUAACUCCGAUUAUAUACUAUUCAGCCCAAUAAGGAAUGUCAAUGGACAAAAAUGGAAAUUCGCCUAAGCAAUUUUUUUAACGAUUUUCCAUUUAAUAUCUUUUCCGGUACGAUUUUCCAUUAAAUACUUUAUACCAAUUUUGGAACGUUUUAUGCUAUGCCAUAAACAUUUGUAUAGUAGCAAAUUAUUUAUGACAUUGAAUAAAAUAAUUUUCCAAGCAAAUCUUUGACAUUUACUUAAUUUCGAUGAUCUCCACAAAACUACAAAUAAUAAGUCUAAACUCAAUGAAUGAGCGCAAAAUUAAAAUCACCGUUUAGGUGAUAACCAAUUUCUAAUUAUGAUUUUGUUCAUAAAAAAUAUUACCGUAUUCCAGGUACAUAUAAGUUACAUAGUUGAACAUUUUUUUUAAGUUUACUGUCUAAAACAUAAUUUUAUAAAAUAUUUCGAAAUUACAAAAAUGUCUUAGUUACAUUAUAUUGAUGCUCCAAAACCAUAGCAUGUUGUUUCCACACACAACAAACACACUGUGUUUUUUGCGCAUUAUAAAUAAUGUAGUAGAAAAAAAAGGAUUUAUAUUUACUCUCCUCUUUUAUAUUAUUCAUAAAUAUAUAAUCAUAUCCCGUAAAAGGAAAUUUGGGCUUGUCGGGAAGAUCUAAUGUGAUACCAUGCUACGUUUUAUGAAGUAAAUAUUAUCAUCAUUGUACUUUACAAUUUAUACACCAAGUACGAAAUUGCUCAUUUCGCAGGCAUUUUCAAGUAACGAAAAGUUAUGAACGUCACAGUAAAAUACACAUAUGAGCUUUUGUUUUCCCCACAGCCAUAUCCAGUUUCCUUAGCGAAAUUAAAUCUUGUGGUACGCAGUAUAAGAAUUUAUUACAAAGAGAAUAAGUUACAUUUUACUUGUGACAUUAUAGCGUUUCUAUACUCAAUAACCAAAGCUUGCAUGGCGUUCAGAUUCGUACUGGUAUUAGGCGAAUGUUGCAUAGCAUGGUAAUGCAAUUCUCGUUUGCUUAUUUAAUCUAGAUUCUAGAUUUAUAGCAGUGCCGUCAAGGAGAUUAUAUUAUAAUGUGUAUUCUAAACGAGUCUUUAAAAUUACCAAUCUUUCUCAAAAAAAAAUCUAUAAUAGAGGCAAACUAGCCUAUAUAUUGCAUGGUCAUUCUAAAACCUACUUAGAUGCUGUUAUAGUAAAACUCAUAGAAACCAAAUUUGCUGUACAUAAAACUUCGAUUUCAAACGAAGUUUUAAUGUAUCACACAAUUUCCAUAGGUAGCAAUAUAUUUUAUAAUAGGCUUCAAUCAUACAAAUAAAACUAAGAGGAACUUUUGCUCGUAAUCUGUUAUAAUAUUGUCUACAAUAAAAUAAUUUUAGCUUGUAUCUUAUGGAUAUUAUAAUAUGUGUGUAUGUUAAUGUAUUUUGUAGCUUUGUAUAUAAUCUCCUUGAUUUUUAUAUACAGAAGUUAUUUAUAAUUUGGAGCUCGCAAAGUAUAAUGUAUGUUUUACAUGAAUAAGAAGUUUGUAUUACUAUUAUCAAUUAAAUAGUAUUUGCACUUUGUCAAGAUUAAAUCGCUUAUGAUGCCAAUGAAAUAUGCAUGUAUGUGAACACAAUCCUCUAGUAAAAUACUCUUAUAACUUUUAUCUUUGUCUAAUAACACAUAACUACUUCAGAGGAUUAUGUGUGCGCCCAUAUAACCACUGUACUUUGUCUAAAUUUAUAUAGAAAAUCAACAACCAAAAUUUAAUAGAAUUUGGUCUAAUAUUUUCUGUAAAUAAAUCAAUUAAAUAUAUAAUUUA